UCCGUUUGUGCAGAACUCCGAGGAGCCGCGCACAUCAGUUGAAGUAUCGUCCUCAAUUCCCUUUCAUGAAGAUAUCUGUAAAAUAAGAGAAAUAAGAUGUGGACCAAGUUGGUCAUUUGUUUUGGCCUGUACGUCUGUGUGGUCAGUGGGUCUACUACGUACUAUGGUCAAGCUGGAGAAGGCAUUACGCUGAAAUGUCAUUAUCAAAGCAGUGAGGUUUCUUGGAAGUAUGGAAGCAUUAGCAUUAUCAGAGUUGCCAAGUCUGGACGCGUUACCAAAGGGACUGCAUUUGCUGACCGACUAAAGUUGUCUGGGUCAAAUCUAAUUAUCAGCAAUCUAAAGUCAGAAGACGCAGGGACUUUCACAUGCAUAGCAACUGACCGCAAAAAAGGACAGACUUCAAGUGACAUGACACUGCAGGUGGUUAAAGUCUCAGUCUCAGUCAGCCCUGCAAGUCCCUUACUGCAGUCCAGUGCAGCAACACUCACCUGUCAUGCUGAUGGAUCCCCAGACAAGGUGGCAUGGAAGCACAAUAAUCAAGAUUUAACAGCUGAAACAGGCAAAACUGUGACUCUAGGCAGCGUGAAAGGUUCUCAUGAUGGAACAUGGCAAUGUCUGGUCUACUACGGGGAAACACCAUUUGAGGCAUCUCUGGACAUUGAUGUCAUAGGUCUGAAGGAGCACAGCAAUGUGACGGUCAAACAGGGUGGAGAUGCUGUCCUCCCCUGCUCCCUCUCCAAACCUGACUUGGGAUCUCUGCGUGUGGCUGGAGGAGGGUGGACACAGUUACCCCCUGCUGCUGCUGAUGCCCCCAGACUGCCCUCGCUAGACACCAGUAAUGCACAAGAGCUCCGCUGGAAUUCUGAUGGCAUAAACACAGCCAGAGUGACCAUCUCGAAGGAGAGACUCCACACUGAUUUUGGUAUCACACUGAUGAAAGUGCAGCCUUCCCAAGCCGGCCAGUAUCAGUGCUCUGUUGAGCUUAAAGACCGAGGAACUCUAACCACAACCGUGAAUCUCGACGUGACUGGAGGUGGUGGAGGUGGCUCUGGGAAGAAGCCUGGCACUUCCAACAACACAGUCUCAGUCUCAGUCAGCCCUGCAAGUCCCUUACUGCAGUCCAGUGCAGCAACACUCACCUGUGAUGCUGAUGGAUCCCCAGACAAGGUGGCAUGGAAGCACAAAAAUAAUUCUUUUGAAGGAAAAACUGUGACUCUAGACAGUGUGGAAGGUUCUCAUCGUGGUACAUGGAAAUGUCUGGUCUACUACGGGGAAACACAAUUACAGGCAUCUAUGGACAUUGAUGUAAUAGCUUACCCAGAGUGGUCCCCUCCCUCUUGGUUGGGCCUGAACAUGUGGAUCUGGGUGGGAGUGGCAGUGGGGAAUAUGGUGGUCAUUGUGGGCACUGUAGUUCUCAUCUGGAGCUCCAGAAGGAAGAUAAGAAUGAGACAACCGGAAAUACCAAUGACGUUUGCCGACGAUACCACCGUCAUUGGUUUGAUCCAGGAUGGAAGAUAUUGGCAAAAUAAGAGAAAUAAGAUGUGGACCAAGUUGUUCUUUUUUUGGGGCCUGCACGUCGUUGUCUGUUUGGCCAGUGAGUCUAAAAAGUACUAUGGCCAAGCAGGAAAGGACAUUACGCUGAAAUGUCAUGGUCAGGCCAAUAUGUUUACUUGGAAGCAUGGAGGCGUUCACAUUAUUACUCUUGACAAGGCUGGACGCCCAACUAAAGGGAGGGUUGAGAUUGUUGACCGAAUAAAGUUGUCUGGGACAGAUAUAAUUAUCAGCAAUCUAAAGACUGAAGACAAAGGGACUUUCACAUGCAUAACAACUGACCGCAAUAAAAGACAGAGCUCAAGUGACAUGACACUGCAGGUGUUUAAAGUCUCAGUCUCAGUCAGCCCUGCAAGUCCCUUACUGCAGUCCAGUGCAGCAACACUCACCUGUCAUGCUGAUGAAUUUGGAUCCCAAAAAAAGGUGGCAUGGAAGCACAAUAAUAAAGAUAAAACAGAUGAAACAGGAAAAACUGUGACGAUAGACAGCGUGGAAGGUUCUCAUGGUGGAACAUGGCAAUGUCUGGUUACCUACGGCGAAACACAGUUUGAGGCAUCUCUGGGCAUUGAUGUCAUAGGUCUGAAGGAGCACAGCAAUGUGACGGUCAAACAGGGUGGAGAUGCUGUCCUCCCCUGCUCCCUCUCCAAACCUGACUUGGGAUCUCUGCGUGUGGCUGGAGGAGGGUGGACACAGUUACCCCCUGCUGCUGCUGAUGCCCCCAGACUGCCCUCGCUAGACACCAGUAAUGCACAAGAUCUCUGCUGGAAUGCUGAUGGCAUAAACACAGCCAGAGUGACCAUCUCUGAGGGGAAACUCCACACUGAUUUUGGGAUCACACUGAUGAAAGUGCAGCCUUCCCAAGCAGGCCAGUAUCAGUGCUCUGUUCAGUUUAAAGACAGAGGAACUCUUACCACAACCGUGAAUCUUCAAGUGACUGGAGGUGCCAAAGGUGGUGGAGGUAGCUUUGCGAAGCCAAAGAGAGUAGGGUCCAUUGGUUCUCCUGGUUCUUCUCCAUCCUGGCUGGGCCUGAACAUGUGGAUCUGGGUGGGGGUGGCAGGAGGGAGUGUGGUCCUCAUUGCGCUCAUAGUUGCUGUGGUUCUCGUCCACCGGAACAACAGAAGGAGGAAGAUGAGAACGAGGAAGCUGAGGUCAGUCAGAAAACCUUUGACAGCGAAUGAUUACUGCCAGUGCAACCGGUAG